AUGGAUAAUAAUUCACCAAAGAAAGAGAAGUUAAAAUUGCCACGUCUACAGCUUGGUGCUCAAUGGUUGGUUUUGGCAGAAGCGUCGAUUCUUUUUAUUCUUAUCAAAGGUCAAAUCAAUGACGAGAAGGAGAUUGAAAAAAAAUUGAAUGGAAGAGGUUUGGAAGGAACUUCCGGUGUGAUAUGUGAAACGCUUCUUUUUUACGAAAUUCUAUUUCAUAUCACAGCUUUAGUUUCUUACAAACAGCCAUUUAAAGUCAUCAAACUAUGGAAGAGAACUGAUUGA